AUGGCAGCCCCGCUGUACAGCUCGGAGCACGCCCUGGUGCUGUGCCGGCUCGCGGGGUACGGGCCCGGGCUGGCCUUUCUGUACGAGAAGCAGAGGCAGUACAGGGAGGUGCUACAGGUGGCCAUGUCCCACCGCGACCUGGACGGCGUCAUAGCCGCCUGCCUAUCCUACGGAGACGCGCGGCAGGGCGGGGACGCGCAGCUCUGGUCAGACGCACUGCACUAUCUCGCGGGCCUGGAGGGUGAUGACGCCCUGGCCGCCCUGGAGGAGCUGAUGGGCCACCUGGAGGAGGGCGCCAUACUGCCACCCCUGGUGGUGGUGCAGGCCCUCGCAGCAAACCCAAACCUCAAGGUGUCGCUGGUGAAGGGCUUCGUGGGGCGCGCCCUGGCCAGAGACACCGCAGACAUUGAGCGCGACAGGGAGGCGGUGGCGCGGCUGGCGUCUGAGACGGCGUCGAUGCAGGCGGAGGUCGCGCGGCUGAAGACGCAGCCGCACCCCCUCGAGCUGCCAGUUGUGCACUUUAUGUGCGGCCACUCCUUCAACCUCCGGUCCCUCGGGGAGAACGACCGCGAGUGCCCCCUCUGCACGGCCGACUUCAAGCGCGUGCUGGAGAUACGCCGCAACAUGCGUGCAGGUGAGGUCGGGGCGCGCUGGAGCUGA